GAGAGAGAUGGGCAGACUUUUCAUGAUGCGCAUGCAGUGUGACGUCACGCCACGCGCUUAUUCACAAACACUACACAAGCACAACGUGUGAAUGUGCUGAACGCGAGCUACAUAGUAGGCGUAGUGGGGGUGUCAGAUUAUUUUCGUUACGGAAUUCGGCGGAUUCAGUCGCCGCGCUCAAAGCCCGCGAUAAAAUCUAUGCAAUAGCUUAAAAAUGUCAUUUCUGUUAAUGAAAAGAUUCAAGUGAAAGUGUAGUUUGCGUUUAUGAGUAUGAAAUCGUUUUAGUUAUUUUCAGGUAAUGAAACCAAUAUUCUUGACAAUAAUAAUGUUGCCGUCAAUCUCUGCGUUAGUAGACUGCAGGACCGCAUGCAGGACUUGUCGGGAGGCCAAAGAGCAUCAAAACCUGUUAGAAGUUCACUGCGCCAUGUGCCAGGAGUGCAAAGACAGGAGACGGGAGCGACUUGAACAGAAAAACCAAAGCCCCGCCGUUCCGAGGUCUCACGAUGCGCCAAUCAUUACUCUGAUGCCUUAUAGCGCAUCUGAGUAUACCACCACCGCGUGUCCCACCCCCCCGCCGUGCUCUGAUUCCGAAGAAGACAUUCCGGUAGCCCUCACUGUGACCAUGACCACCACAACCACAACGACGACCACUACGACAACGACAACCACCAAAGCACCAUGCCCCACCUUCGCUCCCUGCAAGAAAAAGAAACUAAAAUCGAUAAUGCCGUACUACGCCCCCAUGAUGCCCAUGGUCCAGCCUUGCAUGUGCAUGCCGUACCCUGCGAUGUACCCAGGGUGCCCCUGUCCUGGACUCCAGCAGGCGCCUUCAUCGCCAGCUACGUUUACGAGGGAACAUACUUGGACUAUUCCUACGACUUCGAAUAAGUUCAUUGACGUAUUCGUCGGCGUACCAAAAGAUGUUUGGAGAGGAUGAACACAUUUAAUUUAUGUUAUCUGGUACUACUACGAGUAUAACUAUUAGUAAUAAAACAUUGCCGCCAUUCGCAGCGCUAAUAUACAAUCAAGUAGUAAGGAUUCCCCGGUAUUUAUCAUCGAUCUAACAUUUUAAGACAAUUAACAGAGACACAUUAGACUACAAGUCUAAAUUUUAAUUAUUAUCUGAAGUAAGAGCGGUUCAAAUUCAACAAUUCAAAUAAAUAUUGCGAUAAAACUGUUUCUAGAGCUCCGUAGUCAGGUGACAGAUAAUGGAACCUUUGGAAUUUCCUUAGGUCCGUCAGCGGCGAUCAUUUAACUCGAAGCUUGUGUACUCGUGUACCUUGAGAUAUGAAGACUCCUGGUGAAGCUGGAAAGGCCUCCGGGCCACCAGUAAUCUUUCAAUCAUAAAAAAAAAAACAAGAAGAUCGCGUUAAAUAACCCCAUUAUAAGACCGCUAUGCUAUGAUUAGUUUUGGCGUAAAAACCAAACAAAUAACGGAACAAACAGAGCAAAUCAUUUACGAAUUAUUCAUCACAAUAUGUUAAUUUUCGGCUUCGUAUAGUGAUACUUGUAUCUUACCAAAACAUUAACUUCAACAUUAAAACACAUCAAAUGUUUUACAUUCAAUGCUCUCAAGCUAGCAAACAUACACAUACAUACUAGUGACAAGAAACGAAUAUAACUUGGUAACUACACCAACUCGAAUCCGAUGUCUCAACAAAUCUAAUUGGCAUCAAUAUAUUAAUACGUGAAGGAAAAACUUUGUAUCCCUUUUUACGAAAAUUGCGCGGACGGAGGAAUAUGAAAUUUCCCACACUUAUAGAGAAUAUAGAGAAGGAGUGCACAAUGCUAAUAUUUUUUUUAAAAUAAUGCAUAAAAGAUACUUUAAAUCAAUAAAGAAAACAUUACACACACUACCAUGUAUUUGACACAACAUAAAUCAUAAAAACAUACUCUUUGUUUACUGUCAAUUGGGAAACUUUUGUUAUUGUUUAAAGUCUGUGGUCGAAUUGAAAACAGAUUAAUAUUGUUGAUCUAUAGUGCAGUUUUGGCGAAUACUGUGAUUAUAUUAUCGAAUUAUAAUACAGAUAAUUGACAAUAGAACCAUAAUAAUGUUUAAA